AUGGUGAUGUCAUUAAUGUUUGCUGGCGGGCUAAGCUGGGCCGACCUCGACAAUCUCCUAGUAGUCAUAAAUACCAUGUUUGCACCAGCUGCAGAUGUUCUGCCUCGAAGCAAGUAUUUGUUCAGAAAGUUAUGGACAAAACAGACUGAUGCCCUGAUCCAGUAUCAUUUCUACUGCACAUGCUGCUCUGACCGCAUGACUGGAACACCUGACAGUGAAGAAUUGAUGUGCCGAACCUGCAGUCACCGUACCAGUGCUCGGCAACUAAAGAAUGAGGGUGCCUUCUUCGUGACGCUAAAUAUGCAUGACCAGCUGCAGCAUGUAAUAACGAAGACCAAGACAUUCCUUCAAGACGCCCUGACAAAGGUUCCCCCUCCUCCUGGUGAUAUCUCUGAUGUCACAGAAGGUCGAGCCUGCCGGGAGAUGAGAAGUUCAGGGACAUUGAACAAUGAUGAUGUCACACUAACUGUAAACACGGAUGGCAGCCCAGUGUUCUCAUCGUCGGGCGCUUCAGUUUGGCCUAUUCAGUUUCUGGUGAAUGAACUGCCUGCACCGGAGAGGUUCAAGCACUGUACACUUGCGGGGCUCUGGUUUGGGAAGGGCCAUCCUAACAUGGCCCUGUUUUUGGAACAGUUUGUUGAUGGACUCAACUCCAUGGAUCCUGUGGUGUGGGAGCAUGACGGGCUGAGUCAUGCCUCUCGGGCGUACAUCCUGUGCUGGUGCCUGGACGCCCCCGCAAGAGCAGCUGUGCAGAACUGCACUCUGUUUAACGGGUACAUCGGGUGCCCGUGGUGCCUAACAAGAGGGGAGCACCUGGAUGGAAGCAUGCGGUACACCAACCUGCAAGACACGACCCCCCGGACAUCUGCAGGUGUCCUUAGGGACAUGAAAUUGGCCCUGAGCUUGGGCGGUACCUUUCCCGUCAAUGGGUACUUUGGCCCAUCACCAGCUGUGAACCUCCCACAUUUCAACCUUGUUUGGGGGUUCACAGUUGAAUACAUGCACGCCGUGCUGUUGGGGGUGGUCAGACAGAUCACAGAACUGCUCCUCAGCUCCUCCAACUCUCAAGAGCGAUACUAUGUCGGAAACACUGCCUCUCUUGCUAUCAUCAACAGCCGGCUGGCUGAAAUCAAGCCACCACACAGCUUCACGAGACUCCCAAGGGCACUGAGCACACGGACAUUCUGGAAGGCUUCCGAAUGGCGCCAUUGGCUCCUGUACUACUGGCUUCCCUGCAUGUACGGGGUCCUUCCGGACCAAUACUGGCUGCACAUAAAGAAGCUGGUGGAGGCCAUCCAUGCACUUUUGAGGGACACUGUAACUCCAGCAUCCAUUGAUGUUGCUGAGAAACUCCUCCGGACCUUUGUGGGCAUGACUGGGAGGCUGUAUGGAGCUGCAGCAAUGACAUUCAACCUGCACCAGUUACUCCAUCUAGCGGAAGCGGUGCGGCAACUGGGGCCACUGUGGGGCCAUUCUGCUUUUGAAUUUGAAAGCGGUAACGGGCAGCUCGUGAAGCUGGUGAAAGGAUCAAAUGCUGUUCCGUGCCAGAUUGUAGAAAGGGUUGUGAUGUCGCAGCAGUUGGAUCAAACGUUGGAGUCUUCGCUUCUAAGUGACAGUGUCAAAGUGAUGUGCUGUGACAUUCUGGGAUACCCUAAGCUCCAAAACUUCAAAUAUGCAAACGAUGUGUGCCUGCUGGGUUACUCUUCGAAGGCAUCAUUGAGCAAUGAGGAACAGAGUUGUCUUUCCGCUGGGUCUGGGGCCUCCUUUGAUCAGGCUGCAGAGUACAAACGCUUCGCAUGGAAAGGGCAGAUUUUUCACAGCCGAAACUAUGCCAGGAGUAAAAAGACAGACUCCUCUGUCUUUCAAACAAAGGAUAUGUGCUAUUUCGCCAUUUUGAGGGUUUUGUCUUUGAAAGGUGAGGUAACGCUUCUGUGCAGGGAAGUUAUCAUCACUUGUGCAGGUCCCUUCCCACAGCACAUCAAGCCUUGUUUUCUUUCUCAUGUGAACUUGCAGGCUGUUAAACCACAGCAGCUGAAGGCACCAUGCCUUUUUCUCACUUUCAGGCAGCCCUCAGUAAGCUAUGUCUGUGAUCUGCCAAACCUUCUUGAGCGCGAUUGAUGCAAUGUACCGGGGGUGCCGAAGUAAAGUAACUAUUCCCUAGGAGUUGAAAUAUCCAAAACUACAUCCUGUUAUAAUUUAUCCCUGUUUUUUGGUCGUUUCAACAAGGGAAAUCUAUAGAGAUUGGAUCUUUCACAUCUUCAGACUUCUUGUUUUGCUCCUAAUGUGUUGCUGCAAGUAACUCUACGUUCAUAAGUGGUUUUCUUUGUUUACAUUGUGUUAUACUUUGUGUGCUUCAUUUGCUCUUCUGAGUCUAGUCGGGCUAAUUUGAUUAUCGACCUGUGGAAGAUGGCCAUUGUUUGAGUAAAUCAUCUCAAUGUCUCAGCCUGCUAAUGUGUCUUUCCCUAACCUUUUUGACAGAAACGUGUGAAGCUUGUAUGGGUAGCAGUAGGGUAGGCUUGUUUUAACUGCAAGCAGGCAUAUAAGAAAAUAACUUUUUUGUUAUUAUGUAACUUGAAAAAUCUGAGAUGGACUUAGACCUUUCGUUAUUCUGUCCACAUUGCAUCAUAAUUGAAUAGCUUCAACAACCUUCUGUAUCUGUGGACCGCAAAGUGGGCUUUUGUUGGUAGCAUUUCACAUCAUGAUUUGAUUGAUUUUGUUUUCAUACUUCUGUGUUAAUUUUGUCUAGUUAAUUGUUUUAGUAACUAUAGGUUAUGUAUGAGGGUUAUAAGUUCCUGGCUCUCUUCAUUACUGUACUGUUAUUUAAUGAUUUGUCCUUCACUUAAUGAUUUGUCUUGUAACACCUACAAGUACUUGUAAAACUCUUGUUCUAGCACAAAUAAAACUGAUCAGCAAGGUAGU